AUGCAAUAUCAGGCUAGGCGUGAAAUCACCGGAGCGGAUCGCCCACUGCGAGAGUAUCUUCCACGAAGCCCUGACGGAUCUCUUCUAAUAACAUCGCGGAGCAGGGAGGCCGCACUGAAGCUGGUGGACCAGCAUAAUAUUAUUGGAGUCGAGCCGAUGGAUGAGGCAAAUGCUAAAGCGCUACUUGAGAAGAAGCUGGGAAUUAACGAUGAGGACCAGGACGAAAGCCAGGAUGUUGUAGAGCUUACAGCAAUAUUGGGUUUCAUUCCGCUUGCAAUUGUCCAAGCCGCGGCAUAUAUCUCCGACCCAGAUUGGGGUUGUUCAGUGCGAGAGUAUCUCAGUGAGUUUUGGAAAUGCGAUGGCAAGAAGAUCCAUUUAUUAGACUUUGUAGAUGGCCAAUUCCGUCGAGAUUGGGAGACUAAGAACUCUGUUCUUAUGACAUGGCAGGUCUCGUUUAACAGCAUACGCCAAAGCCGACGAUCAGCGACCGACUUGCUGUCGCUGAUGAGCUUCUUCGACUGCCAAGGAAUUCCCGAGACUCUUCUCCACAAUUAUAGACUGAAAGAUGCCAAAGACACUCAGAGAGAAGAUGAUUACAAUAAUGGGUCUAGCGAGACUGACGAUUUCUUGGAUGAUAUUCUCAUACUGCGGAGAUCGAACUCUCUUCAAUAUGCACAAGCUGGUGCAGCUCGCAACACGAAGAUGACUGGAAGCGAAUGGCGAACUAGAGAAGUGGAAGCGGCAUGGCAAGUACUUUUCCCGCAUGCCAAGUCAGCUCUUACGUGCAAGCCAGAAGAUCCAAGCUCGUUACUAGAGUGGGCGUCUGUGUUGCAUAAGGCUGCGUGGUAUGACUGGCAAAGCGGAAAUGGGGCCGCAGGAGAGCAGCUGUCAAUUAGAGCGAUGAACAUUCGAAAGAAGCUGCUCGGUCCAGAACAUGAAGACACUCUGAGUAGUAUGGAAAUAGUGGGGUUGAUAUAUAUGCUUAAAGGUCAAGGGGAGAAGGCGGAACAGCUUUUCAUGAGAGUGAUGGGAAAAAGGAAGGAAGUGCUAGGUGUAGAGCAUCCUGAAACGUUGACCAGCAUGGCUAAUUUGGCAUCGACAUACUGGAUUCAAGGUCGCUGGAAAGAGGCUGAAGAGCUGGAUGUGCAGGUCAUGGACACUAGAAAGGCCGUGUUUGGCAAAGAGCAUCCUGAUACGCUGUCCAGCAUAUCCAAUCUGGCGUCGACGUACAUGACUCAAGGGCGAUUGAAGGAGGCUGAAGACCUACAUGUGCAGGCAUUGGUAACGAGAAAGAACAUGCUAGGGACGGAACAUCCUGAAACGCUGAGCAGCAUGGCCAACCUAGCAUCUAUCUACAGGGAUCAAGGCCAAUUAGAUAAGGAUCUAAACCGAGGGAUGGAAGUGAUAAGAAUAAGUUUAGAAGUGCUAGGUGCUGAGCAUCCUGAGACAUUGACCAACAUUAGCAAUUUGGCGUUAACAUACAAAUAUCAAGGCCGAUGGAAAGAGGCCGAAGAGUUGAAUGUGCAGGUGAUGGAGAUCAGUGCAAAAGUACUGGGUGACGAGCAUCCCGACACGUUGACCAGCAUGGCCAACUUGGCAUCGACAUACUGUGAUCAAGGGCGAUGGGAUGAGGCAGAAAAGCUUGAGGUGAAUGUAUUAAAGACAAGUCAAAGGGUGCUUGGUGCAAAGCAUCCAAAGACGCUAACAAGCAUGGGUAAUUUGGCAUUAACAUACACAAAUCAAGGCCGAUGGAAAGAGGCCAAAGAGCUGAAUGUGCAGGUGAUGGAGAUGAGUAAAAGCGUCAUGGAAGAGGAGCAUCCUAAUACGCUAGUCAGCAUGGCCAACCUGGCCUUCGCUUGGAAAGAGCAGGGCUGUGGUGUGGAAGCCCUUAACCUAAUGAAGGACUGUGUACACCUACGGUUAAAAAUUUUAGGCGCUGAGCACCCUGACACUCUGUCAUCUGCUGCGGCAUUGAUCAAAUGGCAGACUUAG